AGUUAGAUAGAUGGAAAAUACAGUUCUUAGAGCCAAGUUGAUCGUUCUUGGUGAUGCUUCCGUUGGUAAAUCUUCUUUAGUUCAAGUUUUUCACAGCGAUUCCCAGCAAGGUUUUCCCAAAGCAUAUUCUAUGACAACAGAUGUCCAGCUUCAAGUCAAGAGUGUGAAGAUUCCAGAUUCUCCUUACACUGUUGAACUGUAUGUGUACGAUUGUGCUGGGCAGGAGACAUUUCAACCUUUCAUCUCAAAGGUUUUAGGAAGCAGUGCUUUGGUUCUGCUUGUUUGUGAUUUGACAAACGAAAGCUCUCUGAGUGCUGCAGUAAAGUGGUUUGAGCGUGCUCGAAACGCAAACAAAGACUUCAAGAUGCACGGUGCUCUAGUGGGUAACAAAUGUGAUCUGGAUCUGAGGAGAGCUAUAAAAGCUACAGAAGCAGAGGAGACCGCGGUUAACCUGGGAGUUCCUUAUUUCGAGUGUUCCGCUAAAGAAGCAAUUCAAGUGGAUGAGCCCUUUUAUUUCCUUGCUAAUUGCCUGUAUGAACAGUAUAUUGAACAGACUCAAGAGUUUCAGAAUAUAGCUGACACUGUGGACUAAGCAGACUUUUGUGUAGCUUAAGGCUCAAAAAUUGACUUUUUCCGUUUACAGUACAUAAUAUCCUUAAAUAUACAGCAGCAGUUUCUAUUACAGGGGGGGGGGGGGGGGGGGUAUUACAGGCUUAACAUUUUGCAAAAAGGCAAUGAAAUAACAACAAGUUGAGUUCCAAUUUAUAUUUCCGAAUGGGGAAUAGUAUUUAAACGUUCAUUAUUGUUAAACGUUAAGUUAAAGUUAAAUUGUGAGACUUAUUUAUCUUGUGAUGCUGGCAUUGCAAGAUAUUCUGUUAUAUGCGAGAAAUGAGAGUAGUUUGGGUUAGACAAUGUUUUGCUCGGAGCAAACUGUGAUAUAAAUUGCCAGAUUACUUAGACGUAAAAUAUGUCAGAUAACUAUAUCAAAUAUGUCAAAUAUGUAAAAUAUGUGUUAUUUGUUUUCUUUUAU